CCCGUAAGCGUCCUUUUUCUUUCUCAUCCAUUCCUCCCUACCUCCCGAGUCCUGCACAUCUUACUGUUACGCUCAGAACCCUUUCGAUUCGUGCCAGUCUCAACGCACACCCGAAGAUGGUCGCGGAAACUCUCCCGCUCCCGAACGGAGAUCUGAGCUUCAACCCUAAUCCGAAAUCCGCCAAGAAGUCGCGCGACAGCGAGAGGCGUCGUCGCCGGCGGAAGCAGAAGAAGAACAGCAAGGUCUCCCAGGCGGCUGACCCCUCUUCCGUAGACGAUAGCGACGCUCCCGAUGAUGAUUCCAAGGAGAAUAACCAUCCUCAGCUGCUUGUGGAGCAAGUUGAAGUGGAGUAUGUCCCAGAGCAGGCAGAGCUUGAUGAUGGCAUUGAUGAAGAAUUUAGAAAAAUCUUUGAAAAGUUCAGUUUCCGUGAAACUGCUGGUAUUCAGGAGAAUGAUAUCAAGGAUGAAUCUGCUCCAAAUGCAGUCUUGAGCAAGAAGGCCAACUCAGACUCAGACUCAGAAGAGGAAGAACAGGAUAACCAACAAAAAGAGAGAGGUGUGUCAAAUAAGAAGAAAAAGCUUCAACGGCGGAUGAAGAUUGCUGAAUUGAAGCAAAUAUCCUCAAGGCCGGAUGUUGUUGAGGUGUGGGAUGCAACCGCUGCAGACCCAAAGUUGCUGGUUUUUUUGAAAUCAUACCGAAAUACUGUACCAGUCCCUAGGCAUUGGUGCCAGAAGAGGAAAUUUUUGCAGGGAAAGCGUGGUAUUGAGAAACAACCUUUUCAGCUUCCUGAUUUUAUUGCUGCAACAGGAAUUGAGAAAAUCAGACAGGCAUACAUUGAAAAAGAGGACAGUAAGAAGUUGAAGCAGAAGCAACGAGAGAGGAUGCAGCCGAAGAUGGGAAAGAUGGAUAUAGACUAUCAGGUUCUCCAUGAUGCAUUCUUUAAAUACCAAACUAAGCCAAAGCUUACAAGCCUUGGAGAUCUGUAUCAUGAAGGGAAAGAGUUUGAGGUGAAGUUAAGGGAAAUGAAGCCAGGCAUGCUGUCACAAGAUCUGAAAGAAGCCCUUGGUAUGCCAGAUGGUGCUCCUCCCCCAUGGCUCAUCAACAUGCAGAGGUACGGUCCGCCACCUUCAUACCCACAUCUGAAAAUUCCUGGGCUGAAUGCUCCUAUACCUCCUGGAGCUAGCUUUGGUUACCAUCCUGGUGGCUGGGGCAAGCCUCCUGUUGAUGAAUUUGGACGUCCUUUAUAUGGAGAUGUAUUUGGUGUUCAUCAACAAGAUCAGCCUAACUAUGAGGAAGAGCCAGUUGAUAAGACCAAGCAUUGGGGCGAUUUGGAGGAGGAAGAGGAAGAGGAAGAGGAGGAGGAGGAAGAGGAAGAAGAGAUUGAAGAAGAGGAAUUAGAGGCCGGCAUUCAAUCUGUAGAUAGCCUCUCAAGCACUCCUACUGGUGUUGAGACACCUGAUGUUAUUGACCUUCGAAAGCAGCAGAGAAAGGAACCCGAGAGGCCUCUUUACCAAGUACUUGAAGAAAAAGAGGAGAGGAUUGCUCCUGGAACUUUGCUUGGAACAACGCACACAUACGUUGUUAACACUGGCACUCAAGACAAGACAGCUGCCAAAAGGGUUGAUCUGCUUAGAGGUCAGAAAUCAGACAAAGUGGAUGUCACUCUACUACCAGAAGAGUUGGAAGCCAUGGAGAAUGUGUUGCCGGCGAAGUAUGAGGAAGCAAGAGAGGAAGAGAAGCAGCGGAGUCAGCGGGAAGAUUUCAGUGACAUGGUUGCUGAGAAUGAGAAGAAAAGGAAGCGGAAGAUGCAGGAAAAGGACGGGAAGUCGAAGAAGAAGGAUUUCAAGUUCUAGGCCCCACGGUGACACUCAUAAUGGCUGUUCGGGGGAGAUUUGGAUGUCGCAGUCUCACGUGGUGAAGGUCAAAAUGAUGAGUCGCGGACCAUAAUCAUGGCACUAAAGAUCGUAUUCGUGUGUCACGAACCUUGAUGAAGGAUGUUUUGUAUUUCUUAACUAAUCUCUAGAGGAAAGGGUUGAAUUGGACUUUUGGUUUUGCAAUUUGGAGGGGACCCUUUCCCUUUUAU